AUGUCUGCUCCCGUUGAGAACGUUCCCACCACUGACGCCGCCGUCAACGACGUUGCCGCCACUCUGGCCGACACCUCCAUCUCUGGCAAGGCCGACAACAAGGCCAACGACGACAACCAUGCCAGUGCUGUCGAAGGUCGCCGUCUCUACAUCGGCAACCUCGCGUACGCUACAAGCGAGGGGAAGUUGACCGAGUUCUUCAAGGGCUACCUUGUUGAGCGCAUCUCGAUCCCCAAGAACCCCCGCACCGACCGUCCUGUCGGCUACGCCUUCGUCGACCUCUCGACCCCUAACGAGGCUGAGCGUGCCAUCGCUGAGCUUUCGGGCCAAGAGGUCCUGGAGCGCAAGGUCUCGGUCCAGCUCGCUCGCAAGCCCGAGCCCACGCAGCCGAAGGAGGAGGGCGCCAACGGUGAGGGUGCCGAGGGAACCCGUCGUUCUCGCUCUACCCGUGGUCGCGGCCGCUCUGGUCGUGGCCGCGGCGGUGCCGGCCGGGCCGGUCGCUCUGACGAUCCUUAUGCGCAGGAGAACCAGGGACAGGAGGGCGCAACCGAUACCCAGGCUACCGGUGCCACUGAUGCCGAGCCCAAGCCACUGACCGACAUCACGAACAAGAACCAGACUGAGAAGGAUGAAAAGGCCAAGAAGGAGCCUCGUGCUCCCCGGGAGCCCCGCGAGCGCCGUGAGCGUGGCCCCCCUGCCGAUGGCAUUGCCUCCAAGACCAAGGUCAUGGUUGCCAACCUGCCCUACGACAUGACCGAGGCUCGCCUCAAGGAGGUCUUUGCCGCAUACGAGCCUGUUUCUGCCAAGAUCGCUCUCCGCCCCAUCCCCCGUUUCAUGAUCAAGAAGCUCCAGGCCCGCAACGAGCCCCGCAAGGGACGUGGUUUCGGCUUCGUCACCCUUGCUUCUGAGGAGCUUCAACAGAAGGCUGUUGCCGAGAUGAACGGCAAGCAGAUUGACAGCCGCGAGAUUGCCGUCAAGGUCGCCAUUGACAGCCCCGACAAGACCGACGAUGAUGCCGCGCACGAAGGCGAGGCCUCAACUGAGGCCAACGGAACCGAGACCGUCGCCCCCGCCGCCGAGGCCGCUCCUGCCGCUACCACUGACGCGGCUGCUGCCCCGGCUGCUACCCCGGCCGCCCCAGCCACCGCUGCUUAG